AUGAUUUGUUUUAAGUUUUCUGAAGAGGCGGUCAUUCCGGACUCUACGUCGACGAAGCGUACGGUGGCGAUGCUUUCCCUGGUGCUGAAGUCGCGAGGUGUCUGCGUUUCGAAGUUUUGCCCGCCUUGUGCAUUGUACAGUUCCUCGAAAUCUUCAGUACCGAGCAGUCUGAAGCAGCCUGCUCCCAAUCCCGACCAUCCUUGUGAAGAAGUUAGCAAGUAUAAACCAUAUAGUCCAUUUCGAGUGACUCCAUCUAAUAAGGUUGAAUAUGCUAUUGCCCGUCUGGAUGACUUAAUCAAUUGGGCUCGGAAGAACUCCAUUUGGCCAAUUACAUUCGGUUUGGCCUGCUGUGCUAUUGAGAUGAUGCAUAUGGCUGCUCCUCGAUAUGACAUGGAUCGCUUUGGCGUAGUAUUCCGAGCGAGUCCGCGUCAAUGCGACCUGAUGAUCGUUGCAGGCACAUUAACUAAUAAAAUGGCUCCUGCUCUUCGUCGUAUCUGGGAUCAGAUGCCACACCCAAAAUGGGCGAUUUCGAUGGGCUCUUGCGCAAAUGGCGGUGGCUACUAUCACUAUAGCUACAGUGUUGUUCGCGGUUGUGAUCGCAUUAUCCCGAUCGAUAUUUUUGUUCCUGGUUGUCCACCCACUGCUGAAGCGCUGUUGUACUCGAUUCUGCAAUUGCAGAAGAAGAUAAAGAACAUGAAAACCCAGCAAAUGUGGUAUCGCAAAUAA